CCUCAGCGCGCCCGUGGCGCGCUGAGGGGACGCCGGCCUGAGGCGGCACCGCCCCGGCGGCGGCGAAGGGGAAGCGGCGGGGCCCGGCCCGGAAGAGGAGGGCUUUCCGCGGCGGUUCGGCGGCGGCUGGCGGAGCAGGUUUUCAGAAUGACUUCCUUGGUUGACAUGCCCCUGAAUUAUGAAAAGAUGUUUGCUCAUCGAUUCACAUCAGAUGAUGAAGAAUACCAAGAAUAUCUGAAACGUCCUGCUGAUCCCCCUCCUAUAGUUGAAGAAUGGAGAAACAGAUCUGGUGGCAACCAGAGAAACAGAGAUCGGUUUCAAGAUGGCAGAUAUUUUAGAGGGGACAGAUACAACUGGCAAGGUGACUACAGAUCUAAUCAGAGGCCAGAAAGAAGUUGGGGCAAUAACUACCAGCAGCACAGACAAGGACAAUCGUACUCCUCCCACUACGGCUACAACUCCUACAACCCAGGGCCCCGUUACCAUCCCUACUGAUGAUGCGUGUGGUUUGAAAGUCCAGUAAUGCUGUGUAACAAAUUCAGUUAGACUUCAGUUUUCUUAUUCCACUGUUUUAUAGAUAUCUGGAGAAUCAGUAUUACAGUCCAUUGCUGUUUAUCUGUAGUAUGAAUUGAAAAAGGGAAUACCUUUUAUGAAUAAUGAAAGCAUAUUAUACAGAGUUUGUUUAGAGUCUGUAGAUCUUAGAUUAAAUUUCUUUCUCGUUCUUUUGCCUGAAUACAUAACUGUAAAUCUUAGAUUAAAUUUCUUUCUCAUUCUUUUGUCUGAAUAUAUACUAGUAUACUUUUUCCAUCACUGAAAUUUGUCUCUUACAUUUUAGGAAACACACCAGGUCAGGGGAAACCAGCUGCGGUUUGUGUGCAGCCUGUAACAGUGGCACAUCGCCCUAAGAUAGUUCUUUUUGAAAGCGACAUACUGUGUCUUUCUCUGGAGAAAAUUUCUUAGUUUGGCUUUUGAUGGUGAUAGAAGCUCAGUUUUGUUUGAAUUUCAGAUGCAUUAAACCUGGGAAGAGAGAUGCUAAUAUAGAAAUAUUUUAUGGCAUCAGCAAUAGUGUCUGUUGACUCAAUGACUUCAAUUUAUUUGCAGUGUUCCUCUUAAAACAUAGUGUAAAAGUUGGAAUAAAAAUUAAGUAGUUUAAAUAUGUAUCUUAUUGUAGUAGUUUUACCUGAGAAGUGAUACCAGACGUAGAUUAAUUUGUAUAAUCUUAAAAUAAAUUUGGUAUGUGCAUAACAACUUCUGAAAUUCCCAUUUCAGUAAAGCUGUAAAAUUAAUAAUUGCAAUUAGUUUGUAAUAAAUACUUUGUGCAUGUUAUAGAAGAAAGAAACCGUAAUAAGUACUGUUCUGCAUACUUUUUCUGCAUGAGAAAAAUAGCAUAAGCAGCGCAGAGUGUUAUUCAGUUCUUAGAAUUUAAGUUUUGUGGGUUUUUUAAGUCUUCACACAAUAAAAUUAUAGUUCAAGUGUAA